GGACCUGGUUCAUAUAAUGCCAAGUACGGAAAGCGUGGUCCUGCAUAUAGCAUGUCGGGGAAGCACACUGGACAUUCAGAUGAUCCAGGACCCGGUCCAGGCGCGUACACACUGACGAAAAGCAGCUAUGUUCACCGGUCGGCACCUGCGUAUAGCAUGCACGCGCGUGUGGCAGGAGAGCACUCUAGACCAGAUCCUGGAUGCGUUGACAAAGCCAGGAUUCCGGCCACCAGCACAAUCGUCGUUGCCGUUAUCGGCGAUGUCAGGCCCCUUUCCGGUUCAAGCUGGCACACAGCCAAGUGGCACAUCUGCAGCAGCCGCACAGACUGUUGCAUCUCCUUCUUCGGGUCCAGCGGUGGUUGCUACACCACCACAACAGGUUAGUCCUCAACAAGGACAACCGCAGGGUCAAUGGUAUCCUAAGAUCCCAAUAAAACCACCUCUUGCCUUCUCAGGCGAGGGAAAGGGCGAAGAACUCAACACUUGGUUGAGAACAGUCACGGUUUGGGUGAAGGCCAAGAGAACCUUGCUAGAGGACGAAGUGGUAACUGCGGCAUCUUACCUGGAGGGUAAGGCAGCCAAAUGGUUAGAUGGUGUAGUUAUAAAGGCCGGGUAUGGGAGACGCAUGGCGGACUGGGCUAAGUCUUUGACAUUAGACCAGUUCAUGGAAAUGGUAGAAGCUCGAUGGCAUAACCCAAAGGAGUCUCAAAAGGCCACUGAUGCCAUUAACAAACUAGACCAAUGCAAGUUCAGGUCAGUUAGAGAGCUUACGACUACCGUUGAGAGCCUGAUCCUUGUCCCAGGCAUCAACUACAGCGAUCAGUUCCUAUUGACUACGUUUGUCAGAUGUCUCCCAGAGAACAUUAGGAACUUGCUAGCCAGCGAGGCACGCACUGAGUACCACUCGUUUGAGACACUGUCUAGGAAAGCCUUAGACUUGGAGGCCAUGCUAGGCAUUGCUCAACCCACCUCAGGGAAUGACUCAAAGAAGAAGAAGAGUCCUCAGGAGUGGAAGAAGAAGGGGGCGAAGUUGAUGAUGGUUGAGUCUGAUGGGACUCAAACUGAGAUCGAUGAGCUCUCUGACCUGAUGGACUACUCAGAGUAUGACGGCGAGGAGGUAGCUGAGGGUAGCACCCUCGCCGCGGACCGGGUACGGCACCUUAGUAGACCUGUAGCAUCUACUUUGGCCAAUAAGGAGCGCAUGAUUGUAACGGACUACAUCAAGGAUGUAGUCUGUACCUUCUCCUAUGGAGGAGGGGAGCUUAACCAUAAGAUCUCGUUUUUUGUUAGCGACGACCUACCAUUUGACAUGUUGCUAGGCAUGUACUACCUCGAAGUUGCUAAGCCACAGUUCAACUGGGAUAAGAACAUGCUCAAGCAUAAGUUGCCCGAUGGCCGAACUGUCAGAUUGACUAAGUUCAAGGCUAUUAGUAUUAUAAAUACCUAUGGCUGCUUGUGCGCAUCAGCGUUCUACAAUUACUACAAGCAAAAUAAAGAGGAGGGUAUGUACCUUGUUUACGUCUCUGAGAAGGGGGAGGCCGUUAAAACACCCCCAGAGAUAGAACGCGUCGUUGCUAAGUUCCCUGAUCUGUUCGAGGAGCCCACAAGAGUUGUUGAAAGGGAAGUCGUCCACGCUAUAGAAAUCAUUCCAGGGAGUAAGACCCCAAAGGGAAGGAUCUAUAGGAUGGCCCCCGCCGAGUUAGAUGAACUUCGGCGACAGCUUAAGGAGCUGACAGAGAAGGGUUGGAUUCGGCCUAGUACUUCCCCUUACGGAUCACCCGUUCUAUUCGUACCGAAGAAGGGGGGUACUUUGAGGAUGUGCAUUGACUAUAGAGGCCUCAAUGCCAUCACUAUGAAGAACGCAGAGCCUCUACCUCGCAUAGACGACCUAUUGGAUAGGGUGCAGGGAUGCAAGUACUAUAGUAAGAUAGACUUGAAAUCCGGAUAUCACCAGAUCGCAAUAAGACCUGAGGACCAACGCAAGACAACUUUUCAGACGCGUUAUGGUCUGUAUGAGUUUGUAGUGAUGCCCUUCGGUCUUUGUAAUGCGCCGGGUACGUUCCAGCACGCUAUGAAUCGGAUCUUCCAUGACCAUUUAGAGUUUGUCGUGGUCUACUUAGACGACAUUCUGAUCUUUAGUAAGUCUGCCGAGGAGCACGCAAAGCAUGUUGAGACAGUUCUCUCACUCCUGCGACAGCACAAGUAUAAGGUCAACUUAGAGAAGUGAUUGAGUGUUUGCAUGGAUUUCAUGGACACCCUAGUGACCAGCAAGAGUGGUAAGAGGCACAUUUUCGUCAUCAUCGACCGAUUCACCAAGUACGCUAGACUAAUACCAAUGCCAGAGACAGCCAGGACAAAAUAUGUUAUCAAGUUGUUCAAGGACAACUGGGUGCGGGACUUUGGAUUACCAAAGACUAUCGUUAGUGAUAGAGACGUCCGAUUCACAAGUGAGCUAUGGAAGAAGACUGCGGAACAAAUGGGCAGUCAACUUCAAAUGACUUUAGGGAAUCAUCCCGAAGCCAACGGACAAGCCGAACAGAUGAAUAGAGUUGUACAGCACUUGCUGAGGCAUUACAUCAAGCCCAGCCAAGAUGAUUGGGAUGAGCAGUUGCCACUCAUCGCCAGUUUGUACAACAAUGUUGUGCAUAGCAGCACCGGUGUGAGUCCUAACCAGCUACACUUGGGAUGGAAGCCUAGAUCCGUGUUAGACUUCCUCCUACCUGAAAACCGACCUGCUGCAACCCCAGGCACACUGGARUAUGGUGUGCAGUAUGAGAAGUUGCUGCAAGAAGCUGUCGAGCACAUGAAGAAAGCUCAGCAAGCAAUGAUUGCUUCUGAGAAUCAACAUCGUAGACAGUCCACAUUUCAGGUAGGGGAACGUGUCAAGGUCAAGGCUAGCGAGCUAGGACAGGAAUUCGGAGUCUCCCGCAAACUAAUGCCUCAAUACUUUGGUCCCUGGGAAGUCCUAGAUAUAGUUGGAGAUGAGAUGGAUGGUCCCACUUACGUCAUUCGUGUCCCUGGACACCUACGCACUCACCCAGUCUUUCAUGCCUCAAAGCUUGCACCUUUCGCUGAGACUGAUCAAUUCCCUUCCAGGAGAUCGAUGCUGCCCCCACCCAUGGAUGGACAAGUCGACAUCGAUGACAUUGUGGAUCACCGGGACAUGCCUGUUACAAAGCCGUUGGGUCGAGGAAGACCUCCUAAACCCAAGAGAGAAUAUCUUGUCAGAUUCAGGCAUCACACGGAUCCCAAAGAAGUUCGGUGGUUUACCAAGGAGGAACUGGUUGAGACAACUCCUCAGGCGGUGGCAGAAUAUGAAAGGAAGCUGAAAGGGAAGGCACCUGCGAAAACAGAUCAUGACCAAACUGGUAAAGGCUAUUCUGGCCCCUCUCGCUCCGUUCCUGCUCAGUACCCGUUGCUUACGGCUCCUCCCGCGGGUGGACCAGUUCACUCCGCCACUCCUCUGCAGGUGGCUAAUCCAGCAGAAAGAGUCGAAUGCUAUAAUUGCAAGCAGCCAGGACAUUUCGCUCGAGAAUGCCCUCAGCCGAAACGCAACCAGCCGCCUCCUGCGGCCACACUCGUAGCUUUGAACCAGGGACGAGUGGCCGCGGUAUUAGAACAGGUAAGGGAGGCUUCCCCAUUCAUCAUUGAUCAGCCUCACUCGGGUGAUCAAGGCGCAUCCACGUCAGGAUCCUCUGAAGCCGCGGAUGUCGUCGAUCCCACCGAGUACCUCCAGCUGGCCGGACUGAUCGGAGCAAUUCGGCCCGCCAAAGAAGAGCUCGAUUGGGUCGAACGAACAUCGGAACCAGGACCUCAGUUUCAAACAGGAGAAAUCGACCUCCUACAGACACUCAAACAGUUAGAUAUUCGAGUGCCAAUCCCUGUAGGACAUCUGCUGAGUAUAUCCGAGGCCGCGAAUGACAAGCUUCUACAACAGUGUCAAAAGAAUCAGAAGCGCUUCACCUAUCAGCGCGUUCACCGUAUGCUGAAAAAGAAGCAAGAAGACGAAAACGAAGGUGAAGCGCUUCUGAACCUCACUCGUAUGCUGAAAAAGAAGCAAGAAGACGAAAACGAAGGUGAACCCCCGCCCCCAGUAGUCACCACAAAUGCACCUGAACCAGCCCGAAUCGCAGCUAUCUCCUAUGCUGAUAAAGAUCACUUUGUACGAGUGCGAUCGGUCCUAUGGAAAAGCACGGAAUGCGAUUGUGAAGUCUGGGGCAAACCUUUUGAUGCACUGAUUGAUACCGGAUCAUCGGUAGUCGCCAUCUCCUUGAACACAGUCCGAAAAACUGGACGAUUGAACUCUAUCCUUCCUCUACCUGGGAGGGAUAACUACGUCUCGGCCGAUGAGGAAGCCAUGAAUAUCGUGGGAAUCAUCGAGAAUGUCGCGAUCAAGGUAGGUCGAGUGCAUGUAUUGGUAAAUGCGUUGGUCAUUGACGUACAUUCCUAUUCAAUAUUGUUAGGAUUACCCUGGGCGAUGGCAGUAGGGGCUCGAGUCCAUUUCGAUUCAAGACAACUCAUCCUCACUCAAACGGGAGGGAAACCUCAGACGCUCCCUCUCCGAAUCUCCACCCGAUCCCCACGGAAAUAUCCCGAUAUUGAUCGGAUAGGGGUGAUCCAGAAUAUUGAGAAAGCCCCCUCGAACUCAGAAUACCUUGUGCGGGAAGACGAGUUCAAUGAGCACCAGUACGAGGAAGAACUGAGUGCAAUGCCCAGCCACGAAGAGUGGAAGCAGUUGGUCGAAAUAUUUGGUUGCGAGGCGAAAGAGGAAUUUCAGCCGGAGGCGGUUUCUGCAAUUUUGGCUCAGGUGGGACCCGACGGUCUCGAACACGUGGUGGAAUACACAUCUAAGACGGUGCCGACCUGCAAGCGCAACUACGCGGCCCCGGCGGGAGAAUGUUACGCAGCCUUAUGGGGGAUCAGCCACUUCCGAGCAUAUAUGUACGGUCAAAAGUUUACAUUGGUAACGGAUCACGAACCGCUAUUGGCGUUGAAGAAAUCCAAGGAUUACUCGGGUAUGAUCGGACGAUGGGCCACCAUCGUGCAGAGCAAGGACUUUGACAUCCGUCAUCGGAAGCACGAGAGACACGGGAAUGCUGACGGGUUGACACGACUGCACCGACCUGAGAAGGUCCUCAAGACCGAAGAAGUGAUUCUGUGGAACGAGCCGGAGGAGGCAAGUGGACCGCGAUACGGACAGGUGACGUGGACGCGGACCAGUGAGCAGCCUGCGUGCAUCGAGUACCUGGAGCUGUUGAUUCUGCAGGCUUGGAAAACGGACAUGGAAGGCGAUCUUCUCGGCUUCCUCUUCGGAUCGGUGCGGCCAGGCCAUCGCCAGCCUAUCGUUCAAGAACUCAUCGUCCCGCUCGCGCAAUUGGCUGACGAUCUCCCCCUCGACAUCGUUUCGCAAAGCGACGACAGCCCCGCUCCGCACGUCAUCACGCGGACAUUGGCACCGUACCUCCAGUGGACCGCUUGCUUGGAGGAACCUGGGAGUGAUAGCACCCUGCCAUCACGACAGGAAUACCUGAAGCCGUACGGGAUCAUCGAUCACGCCUUCUAUCCGAAGGAGCCCGAGGCGCCUGAAGGAGAAGAGGAAGCCACUGAAGAAGAGGGCGACGCCGAUGAAGAAACGUCCGAAGAGGGGAGCAGAUUGUGUUUCUAUUACGUGCUUUAUUGUGAUGAUUGGUUUCUCGGGGUUGGUGGGAUGGUCUUCAAAGCAACUGGAUCGGCCAAUCCGGGGCCAGGAGCAUACAAUAUUCGUCCUUUGGUUCGUGGACCUUUCUACACCAUGACAGGAAAAGGACGGGACUUGGGGUCAGAUAUGUCGGUUCCUGGACCUGGUCAGUACAACUAUAAAGGGAGCAGAAUUGUUGAGGGUGGAGCCCCUGCCUAUAGUAUGGCUGGAAGAGUUUACGUGAGAUCAGGAAAUGACUGUCCUGGACCUGGGACAUAUCAACCUCGGCCAAUGAAGCAUGCACCAGCAUACACACUUUCGCCUCGGCUGCAACGGUUUGACACAGAUCCUGGUCCUGGCCCCGGGCAGUAUAACCCACGGCACACAGUACGAGGUCACAGAGUGGGAGCUGAGGAAGUAGGCGCAGGUCGCAUGGAAGUAUCCUACGCUUCGUCUUCAACUCUACGGGAGAACUAAUCCGAACGUCUUAUCAAACCUGGCCAAUGCAGAAACCUUCCUCGCCGAACACACGAAGCUGGUCCCCUCUUGCAGUUUGCCCUCCAGACUCAUUUGAAUCACUGCAACCUCCUGGCAUUCCUCCUCCUCCUCCUCCUCCUCCUUCUGCAAAAGUUCUACUACACCCAUCUUCAGGAGACCUAAGCUGAAAGGCUCAUCUAACCGGACUGAUGCAGAAACCCUCCUCGUCGUUCUACACACAAAUCUUGCACUCUGAUCUUCUGGGUUCUUGCACGUCACUGCACCCUCCCUUCUUCUUCUGGCUCCUCCUAGUCCUCCUCCUCCUCCUCUUCCUCGUGCUCGUCGGGGCCUGUGUCCACCCUCUUCUGGCGCUGCUACUCCUGCAAUUCAAUUGUGCUGCUUGUGGAUAGUGGACAUGAGCACAUAUUAUCCAUUAUAUGGAUAUGUUUACAUCCCUUGGCAUGAAUCUGUUUGCUCAGGGUUCACAAUAUAAAGGAAAUGCAGGAGGGUGCACUUUCAAGCGAACGGAGGAGUGUGGGAAUCCCGUUGUUGCUCAGCUCCAGCUCCAGCAUCUCAGGUCAUGUGGACCAUUACCGUCACGAGAACGUUGCACAAACUCUUGUUCCUCAUCAAGCAGUUUCCGUCUGUCAAUUGAGCGUGAAGGAUCAUGAAUGAGGGAGGCAAGAUUUCAAGAACAUCCGUUCUUCCUGUCUGAUGCUGGGGGUGUCAAGGACACGCCAUGCGUGUGUGCAUUGGACUCAGAGCCAUUGAAAUGGAUUGGUUGUCUCAUUGUACUCAUUGUUUUAUCAAUUGUCAGAGUUAAGUCUUUGCUGUCCAUCAGUGGUUUGUAUCCUUAUGCUCUCGAGGCCCUCUUAGGCUACUAUAAUGCACGGGGCUUUGGCACAUCUUUUGGUCCCAGUUCCUAUCUUCUCCAUCACCUAUUCCUAUUACUUUUCUCUUCUCUCUUCUCUCUUCUGUCUUCUCUCUUCUCUCUUCUCUCUUCUCUCUCCUCUCUCCUCUCUCCUCUCUCUCUCUCCUCUCUCCUCUCUCCUCUCUCCUCUCUCCUCUCCUUCUCUUCUCUCCUGUCUCCUUUCUCCUCUUUCCUCUCCUCGCUCCUCGCUCCUCACUCCUCUCUCCUCUCUCCUCUAUCCUCUCUCGUCUUCUCUCUCCUCUCCUCUCUCGUCUCUCCUUCUCCUCCCCUUUCUUGGCUCCUUUUCUCCUCCUUGUUCUCUUCUUCCUACUUCAUUGGCAUUGUCCUUUGUCGCCACCACCAUUAUCAACCUCCUCCUCCUCCUCCUCCCCUUCCUUUGCUCUUUUUCUCCCCAUCCCCCACUGGGUAUUGUCUUCACCAUCAUCAUCGUUGUUGACCUCCUCCUCCUCCUCCUCCUCUUCACCCUUCUUCUGUCCCCAAACUGUUUUGGGAAUUGGAAUUUCCUUCUGGGAUUAUGGUGUUGUUAUAACGUGGUGGUGUACUGCGUCAACCAGCUGGUUUUCCUUUUCCAGAAAUGAUUUGUUUGGGGUUCGCUGAGGCCAAAAAAUCUUGUGCAUUUGCAGAGUGCGGGUGACAAACAAAGCCAUAUAUCUGUA